CUCCUUUAGGAGCUCAAGUAGCUUUCUAGCUCGAAAGGCAAUUGUCAACUUUAGUAUCUGACUGUCCUCCCGGAGGGCUUCAAGAUGAGCGAGACACGUUGGGACGUCGAGAUCCGUCCUGGCGAGAAGAUCUCGCUCAACGGCACCAUCGAGUCCGUGUACGCGCAGCUCCUGGAGCUCAACCCCAACUACGAGGCCGACAACGCGGAGCAGAUCUCAGCCCGGCUCGCCAAGCUGGAAGAGGAGACUGCCGCGGCUCAGGGGAAGCAGCUGGCCAAGCGGGAUCACACCGAGUGCUGGCGGCUGCGUCCCCAGAUCAGUGGGAGCGCUAUCGAGGGGGGGAUCCGGUACCUCUGGCGGGUUGGUGGCGACGCCUGGAUCCAAGGCGGCACGUGCUCGCGAGCCAGCUGCUCGUGGAACUUGGCCAUUGGAUGGUGCAGCUACCGAGCUGGAGGCGAAUGGUGGAUGUCCCCAGGCGGAUUUCCAUGGAUCGGCCAUGCCGCCAACGUUGUCGCGAAUGACCGCGGCAACCAACAAGGUAGCCUUACUGUUAACGGCCAACGUUACCAUGAUUCUCACGUUGCCGUAACGGUGGACCAGGGUUACUGCUAG